AUGGCGGAAACUCAGGAACCUAGAGCUUUAGCUUUCCGAACGUCCAGAUUAAGCUACUGUCAAACCCGUAGCCGAUUAGGCUGGUUCCCCCUCCUCGACAGUAAUUCGAUCUACGGAUCUUGGCAUCGACGGCAACCUCAAACACGCCUGCGCUUCCUCUCCUACUCUCCCAGUCAGAAGCCCUUGCUACAGCUUAGUGCUCCCCUUUCCCUAUCCGAAAUCGGAACAGCACUCCUCUCUCUUUCACGAGGGAAAACCCCAGGCCCAGACGGUCUCCCCGGGGAGCUUUUUCGACAAUUCUCUCCGCGCUUCGCAUCGGCCUUCCACUCCCUACUCUCACCAUCACAGCCACUCUCCUGCCUCCCUCCGUCCAUGUUGACCGGACGAACGGUCCUUAUCCCCAAAAGGGGGGACUCUUCGCUAGUGGAAAAUCUCCGCCCCAUUACCCUAAUGAACGCUGAUUACAAGGUACUCGCGCCGUGCCUUGCUAACCGCCUUCAGCUCGUCCUCCCUCAGCUCAUCCACCCAUCCCAAACUGCUUUCAUCAAACACAGAAAAAUCGGUGACACAAUCAACGAUACCUUGGACAUCAUGGACUGGGCGGCCUAUUCCUCGUCCCCCCUUCUCGCUCUCACUGUGGACUUUCGCAAAGCAUACGACCUCGUUGACAGGUCUUUCCUCCUCCAAGCCUUAUCAGUCCUGGGACUCCCCACAUCCUUCAUCCACUGGGUCCGAUUAAUGCACUCCGACACGUACACAUGUAUCUCGGUUAAUAACAUGCUUGGCCCCACCUUCCCCGUCCGCACUGGCGUCCGUCAGGGCUGCCCACUGGCUCCGCUGCUCUUCGUUUGCGUCAUGGAGAUCUUUCACCGCUACACGUCCCUCUUCCUUCCCGGUUUCGCCUUGUCCCCCACACAGCGCCGUCUAAUGGCAUGCUACGCAGACGACGUCACUCUCUUCCUCACCUCAGAUACAGAGCUCGGACUUGCUGUAGUGCUGCUCGGCGUCUUUGGAUCGAUCUCCGGAGAGGUCCCCAACUGGAGCAAGUGCUCCAUAAUUUCAUUCAAUAUUCCCCCUACUGACCUCGUGCACGCCGGGAGCAUACCCAUCCGAGCUCCCAAUGAGGCAGAACACAUCCUCGGAAUCUACGUUGAGCACGGCGGGGUCGGGGCGAUCGCCCCGUCUAUACAAGUCAAAGCCCUUGCUAUUCAGCGCGCCCUGCGCAGAUUCGGACCAACCCCCUCUGAGGAAGUAGCACGUACCCUGACCCCGUUUCCCUUCGGGCUGCACGGACUUUUUUCCCAUAAAGCCAUCCUCGAACGAGAUCUCCCUACAUUCGUCCCCCCUCGGGCGCAGGACGAACUUGAAGCCUUCCUCUCUCUUCCCCUGGUCAUCCAUGGCCCCUCCUUACGCAUGCAGUGCAUCCUCACCGAACCUAUCGCCUUCAACCGCUUUCUCCUCAAACCCGACGAUCGGCCUUUUGGCACUCGCCAACACGAGCGCUUCCUUCUUACAGGGCAGCUCCGCAUCGGACACAUUGUCCGAAUCACAAAUUUUGAUGUCGGCCCCAUCUCUGCUGAAGAGUUUUGCUCCAAAGUCCCGGAGGAGUUCCACGACGACGCAACAUGCAUCCUCCCAGACCUUAUCAAGGCUAUCAAGCCUCCCUGGUGGGCCGCCCUCCGAACCCCGCAUGCCUCUUAUGCCUCUCCAGGAGCAUGGUUCAUGCUUUCGGACGACCACUAUUCGAUAUCUCAUCUCGCCCUCCAAGUUGUCGCCUUCAUUCCCCCCGCCUCCGUCUCGGCUACUGUCCACCUCGUCUCGCCAAACCAUCGCAUCGCCCGCACCCCAACUGACACCGGACUUUUCUGUUUACAAGACCUCAUAGAGGUGCACGUCAGGGAUUGGUGGCUCGCAGGGCCACUUCACACAGGUGCAAGGUUAGGAGCUAGGGUAGAACUUCUACAAGACGGCACCCCCAGCAUCGCCGACAUCCGCCGUCUCCUCUACUCUGCACAACCACUAACUCAUCACAGCCGAUGGACCCGCGACCUCACCCUUCCUCCUCCUCCCCUCCCAGGCCUUAAGGACCCAUUUCUCAAGGACCAGCCGAGCCGCCAGCGGAACAUCCUUUUCAGACUCAACACGCUCACCCUUCCCUCUGGAUCACGCUUCGAGUACUUUGACGAUCGAGGGGUCUGCCCUCGGUGCCCAGGUGCCGUCGUCGAAACACUGCCGCAUAUUUUCUUUGAAUGCUCCUCCGCCGGAACUGUCAUCUCGGCUCUCCGCACAGUCGCUGACCGCCACCUUGGACAAACCACCACCUCCGAGCAUAUCUUUUUCCCGAUACAGUCACAGAUGGGACAGUCCCCCCAAUGGAGCCUACUAGUGGGAGCUGCAGUUAAGACGCUGUGGAAUGCUCGCUGCGACCACAAGUACCGCAACUCCUCCUCCUCCUCGAGCUUCGAGAUACUGCAGCUGGUACUAGCCCAAUUCCUCAUCGCCUUCAAAAUUUACAUUUGGAGAAGCAGACGCCAAUCCACCAAGAAGCGACAACGCACAUUCGUCAGCAUUAAGCGCGCACAGAAACUUCGCUUCCUCCUCUUCGAUAGGAGUGGCAUACCCUCUAUUCACCCCGAUCUCAGAGUCUCAUGGCUUCUGGGAAACCCGUUCCGACCCCCGUAG